UGUCCCGGCCCUGUGUGUGUCUAUGGGUGCUUGCGUGGAUCAGGGAGGUGACAGCUCGGACUCCUCCUCCUCACUACUUCCUCAUUGUCAGCCGGCCGUCAUCGCCAUAAACUGUGUCCGAUCACACAUCACCGCCGCUUGUUCUGAGCCGGGAUCGUGCUCCGAGCACCAUGUCCAAGCCGCCACCUAAACCAGUGAAGCCAGGGCAAGUCAAAGUGUUCCGGGCUCUUUACACAUUUGAACCAAGAACGCCUGAUGAACUGUAUUUCGAUGAAGGAGAUAUCCUUUACAUUGCGGACAUGACUGAUACAAAUUGGUGGAAAGGUACUUGUAAAGGAAAAACAGGACUCAUACCAAGCAACUAUGUUGCUGAACAAGCAGAAUCAAUUGAUAAUCCACUGCAUGAAGCUGCUAAACGGGGUAACUUGAGUUGGCUGAGAGAGUGUCUAGAAAACAGAGUUGGCGUUAAUGGGUUGGAUAAAGCUGGAAGCACUGCUCUAUACUGGGCAUCCCAUGGAGGGCAUAAAGAUGUUGUGGAAGUCUUACUUACACAGCCAAAUAUUGAACUAAACCAGCAGAAUAAGCUUGGAGACACUGCUCUGCAUGCUGCUGCAUGGAAAGGAUACGCUGAUAUUGUAGAGUUGCUGCUCUUGAAAGGAGCAAGAACAGAUUUAAGGAAUAACGAGAAAAAGCUGGCUUUGGAUAUGGCUACAAAUGCUCAGUGUGCUUCCCUUCUUAAAAAAAGACAGGCACAAGGAAUCACACGGACGUCCAGUAAUGCAGAAGAAUAUCUUGACGAUGAAGACUCUGAUUAGUUCUCGGCUGUAA